AGCCAACCAAUAAGGGAAAUAGUGAAGUACUACUGUACUUCUUCCCCUCUUAGUUCCUCUCCAUCCUUCAAUUUCUCUCUCUCUCUCUCUCUCUCUAGAAUGGGGAAAGUGGUGUCAGAUCCUCUGGAGAUUGGGAGAGUGAUAGGAGAUGUAGUAGAUAGCUUCAACCCUAGUGUGAAGAUGAAGGUCACUUACAACUCCACAAAGCAGGUCUUCAAUGGCCAUGAGCUCUUCCCUUCUGCUGUUACUCUCAAGCCAAAAGUUGAAGUCCUUGGUGGUGAUCUCAGGUCAUUCUUCACUCUGGUGAUGACGGACCCAGAUGUCCCUGGGCCGAGUGAUCCUUACCUGAGAGAGCACUUGCACUGGGUUGUGACUGAUAUCCCAGGCACCACUGAUGCAACAUUUGGGAGGGAAGUGGUGAGCUACGAGAUGCCACGGCCGAACAUAGGGAUCCACAGGUACGUGUUCCUGCUGUUCAAGCAGAAGUCCAGGGGCCAAACGACGUCGUCUUCGUGCUCGAGGGACAACUUCAACAGCAGGAGGUUUGCUCGAGACAACCAGCUUGGCCUCCCCGUCGCCGCCGUCUUCUUCAACGCUCAGCGCGAGACCGCCGCCCGCCGCCGCUAGCCAUCUUUUUUCUCGUCGUCAUUACAUUAUAUCCAGAAGAAGAAUAUAUAUACUAUAAACAUAAAUAUGAGCGAGUAUGAUGAUAUUAUGGUUUCAGUACUGUCUAAUUUUCCAAGCUGCUCUAUCUGUUAAUUAAGUGUUUU